UCAAGUAGAGUCACAGACAUUUUAUUUAAAUUUCACGUGCUAAAUUCAGAAAAAACAAUUUGCCUUGCGCCUCCCAACUUUUGGUAACAAUUUCUAAAAACAAAAAAUUGACAAACACAGCCUCGUGCUUGCUUUGCUAGCAAUACGCGAAGCUCCAGAUAUAGGAAGUAAGAAUGUCGAAACGGGAAACAAAAAUCACCAACGAUUUGGCCGUGCUAAACGAUUAUGCGGCUGCCGAGGCGAGACUGCUGGAUCUUUUUUCGCCGCUGUCAAGCACAGUGAGCGAGGAGCCGAAUAAUGUAAGCGGUGCAGCUGCCUUGGCGGCGACUGUGGCAGCCGCACCCUCAGCAGUCGAACAGCAAGCGGAACCGGAGCAGCCAGCUGCUGAGGAAAUGGAUCCAGCCACAGAUAAUAUGCUGCACUACAUUUCGGAUAACUCGGAUAUACGUAGCUUGCUGUCUACCAGCGAUAAAACUGGCUUCAAAGGCUUUGAUGACAAUUGGCUGGAGAAUGGCGAGGCCAAUUGCGAGGCCAAUAGCGUUGCCAGUCCACAAGUUGCCAAUGGUGGCCUAAUCUUUGGCAUGUUUCGCAAUGUGGACAACAAUGAUCUGAAUAACUAUCUUAGCUGCACUGGGCUUAGGGGCGACCGCCUGCAGGCAGUUGCUCAUGAGCCGGAGCCACGCACAGGAUUGCGUUAUGUUUACGCCAAUGGCAAUGAGGAUCCUAUGGUAGAGCAGCACAUGCUGCUGCAGCAGGCGGACAAUGAUUGCGUCAUCUAUGAGCAAAAUGUAGUGUUGCUUACAGAAGAUCAAUGCUGUGGAAUUUUAGUAUCGGCGCAUGAUAACAUGGGUAGCACCAACUAUAUGCAGCUGGUGGAGCAGGAGCAGCAGCAGUCGCAAAUGGGUGCAACGCAUGUUUAUCUUAGUGAUGCGGCCUUGGCCAAUGAACAGUCGAACGAGCAACAGCAGCUGUUAAUAGAUGCAGCCGAAGAGCAAGCGGCUGAUGAUGACUAUGAGGAGCAACAACAGCGUCCAGACAUAUGCGAGGUCUAUGAACAUGAAAUGGAGGAGCAAGACGAUGAAUGUGUUGCUGGUCCACUGGAACAUGAUAGCUUACCCUUGCAGGAGCAGGAAGAAGAGGAUGAAAUGGAGCCACAGCAGCAAGCACGACCACCACGCAGCAGCACCACAGAGUUUCCAGUUAGUUCUACCUCCAUGCCUAAUGCCAGUGACUACGAUGACUUUGAUGAUGAACUGGAAGAUUCAGCUGAGCAGCAUUUAACAGUGCCACCGCCGCCGCCAAGACGUCGCUAUGGCGGCCUGCUAAAGAAUACACUUGCUGCCGAUGCCAUGGGUCGUCAGUUGGCCAGCAUUUGUAAGUCGCAGCCACCUCUGAGUCUCAACGAGAAGGUGGCUAAUUGGAACUGUAGUCGAUCUUGUGAAGCAGUCGAGGAUGUUGAGAACUUUGCGGCAAUUUUCGAGCGCCAUGAGGCGGGCGAAAUUACCACUGAGCACCCGACCAAGCAUCAAGAUUUCUCACAGUUCUACGAGGAAAUGCAAAAGAGUCUAAGCAAAAUCUCACUGAGCAUCAGACAACGCGCUGGUUCUAACGUAUUACGACAGCAGGAGCCGUCAACAGCUGUCGACGAGCCCAUUGUGCUUGAUGAUGAUGACGAGGAUGAGGAUGAUGACUGCAUGUUGGUGCCUAUGACGCCAUCUUCAGCAACACUCAGGCCACAACCCAACGAGGAGCAGCAAACAGCGUCAUCGCCAGCAGUUGCAGUUGAAACAGAAACACAAACGCCAACGCUGUCAAUGCUGGAAACCAAGGAAACUUCUACAACAGAUUUGGUCAGCUCGGAGCCAGCGAUUCCAGGCACACAAGCGACGCAAACACCACAAUAUGAAUUUAAUCCGCUAGUCAGUUUGGAUGAACCAGAUGAGGGUUCGAUGACGCUAAUGGAACAGCAGCAGGAUAUGAUGCGGAGCAACGAUGAUAUGUUUUAUCAGCAACAUGAGUUCUGCAAUUAUUUGGGUCUAACCGAGCUGGCCACGGCCAAUGCAGUUGCCAUAGCUAUGCGUGAGCUGGCCAAGAGCACAAUGGCGCGCCGCUCUUUACGCGUGCGCACGCAAGAGCAGUUGAAUCGCAUGCGCAGCGGCGUGCGCGGCCAGCGGCGUGAGCGACGCGAGCAGCCACAGGAACAAACGCAGGAACAGGGCGAUGGCGAGCAGUUGGCCGAACAAGCAGCGCAGCAGUCAGAGCAACUGCAAACCGAGCAUCAGCGCCAACAGCUCAUGUUCGGCAGCAGCAGCAGUAGUGGCUCCAGUCUAAGUGAACAGCAAACGCUGCAGGAUGUGGCAGCGCCUGUAAACAGCGAUAAUCUCGUUUUCCAUAUGCCGCCAGAUUCCAGCAAGCAAAACUCGCAGCAUGUGCUCAACUAUUUCUAUCAAGCGCAGCAACAACAGCAGCAGCAGCAGCAGCAGCUGCAGCCAGGCGAAACAGCAUCAACUACCGCAUCAGCCAAGGAGCUGCAUGCCAAGACGCUUGAGGCAGCCUUUGCCAAGGUCUACGCUGCAGCAGCGCCAGCGCAGACAGAUCUACACGAGAAUAUACAAACAAAGCUGCGCAAAGCGCGUGAAACAAAGCCAGCAAUUUAUAUAGUGCAGGCAAUGAGCAACUCUGCGCCCAGUAGCAGUCAACAGGCACCAACUUCAACGUCACCGUCAACAGCUAGGCACAGCAAGACGCCAGAGAAGCAGACGCCGCAGCAAAGCAAAGCUGCUGGCAAAUCCACAGUCAAGUUGCAGUCGAAGAAAUCAACGCCCAAAACAGUGCCCAAGGCAACGACGCAGCGUCGACGCACUACAGCAGCUGUUGGCGUUACAGCUGUACAAUCCAGUCGUGAGUUAGUCCAACGCUCUACGCGCCAUAUGCACACCAAGCUGUUGCGCAAUCGCAAGGUGAAUAUGCUCAAGACCUAUGAGCUGUCGGAUGUUGCACGUGCCACUGGCACAGGCAACAAUAAGCAGCGUCUAAGCGGUGGCGGCACCAGCAAAGCGAACAAAACUACGCCCAAGCUGCGUAAACCAAUCGAGCUGCUGGAGCAGCAGCCGUCCAUUGUGCCGCCGCCGCAGCAAUAUCGCGUGGAUCAGCAGCAACGUGCGCAGGCCAAGCCGCGUAAGUUGCGCAUGGGCGGAGGCGCCGCCACAGCCGCACGCGCAGACAAACGCCAGCUGGAUCAGAUGGAGCAGGAACUGGAGCAACGUGUAAACAUUUGCAAGCGACUGCGCGGCAUGUCGCUGCCAAUGCCAGGCAAGUCAAACUUGUCCGAGGAGCCACCGCUUGAUGUGCCCAAUCCAAUUGCCAUUGUUAGUCCACCACCCUCAAAUGAUAUAGUGCAGCAUUUUGUGCAGAAGCUACGCAAAUCUCAAGAGCCGCCAGUUAGUUAUACGCCCACGCCCGCGCAACUCACAUCGGAAACAUUUUAUAAUUUAAAGCCAGCUCUCAUUUAUCCACCGCCUGCCGUUGCCUCUCCCACGCACUUCUCACGCCGCCCACGUCAAGCGAGUGAGCUGGCUACCCAUAACAUACAUCUAACGCCACCUGGUGGUCUGCUGAGUCUCAAUCAAGGCUCCGCAAUGUUGCCCAACCCGCUGGCGGGCAAAUUCGGCAAGGUGCUCUAUCUGUACUACGAGCUGGAGCAGCUUAUUGCCGUGCAGGAGAAGCUUAUAAGCUUUUGGAAAUACGCCAAAGUCUUUACCGUGCUGCAGAGGCCGCAAGCGUCCACAGAAGAUGCCAAGUCCUCCAAUUUGCCGCCGAGUCCAAGCAAAAUGAGUGACAACUCCAGUGACGCGGAAACACAGCGUUGGGUCUAUCUGGGCGGCAAUCGACGUCUCACCCAUGAUCUGGAAGUGCAGGCGCCCUAUGGCAAUCGCAUCUGCGUGCACAACUCCACGCCCAUCUAUGUGGAGAUGCGCAGUCAUCCGCUGGAUCAUCACAAGCGUGAGAGUAAGCUGCUGUCGCUCUACUUAAAUGUCUACUAUUACUGCGAGGAGGAAAUGCGUCCCAAGAUGCAUUCCGUGCAUUUGGAUUCGGUUAAUUGCGACUCGAAUCAGGUGAUCUAUACCAGCAUAGCAGAGUCGCGCUACUUUGUUAUGUCCUGGCAGCAGGAACUGGGAUUGGGCAAGCCACGCUCAGGGCUCUGCAAGUAUUCACUGACGCCCACGCUGGACACUUUAGCCAGCAUACGAGAGUUUAAGCAUUUGCGGCAUGAGCUGAAGCACAUUGAGUGCCUGACGGAGGAUCGGCUGAUAGGCUAUGGCUCAUCGCGUUUAACCAUUUGGGACCAUCGCAGCGGAGAUACGCUGAUGAAUUACGAUUUGGGCUUUCAACUGGGCCGCAAUUUGGGCGUAAUGCAUUUUCCCAGUUUCGACAUGGAGCAAAGCAGCAUGCUUAUACUAUAUCAGCAUGUGCGGGAGUACAAGAAGAGUCCAGAGCUGCGCAUCAUUGCCUGCGAGCUAACGGAAGCGACGCCAACGCAUCGUGUGCUCUAUGUACAUCGAUUGCCUGCACCGCAGUUCGAUACCGAACUAAUGGCGAUAAAUACGGGCGAUCAUUUGAUACUCAAGUCGGCGAGUGAGGAUGAGAUCUGGGUGAGCACCAGUGAUCCGCGCCAGUUAACCUAUUUGGCGCCGCAGGGCACGCAGCGUUAUUACACGCGUCAAAAGUCGCAGGUGAUCGAGUAUUCGCCGCAGACGCUGAACGUGGACAGCAUUGCCAACUAUAUGCUGAAGCUGGCCACGCAGCAGCAGAAGAUGAUGCUCAUGGCCGCCAACGAGGUGAUGGGUGCACUCGGCUCGUCGCAGUCUCCGUUGGACAACACCGUGUAAACCAAAUAAAAAAGUUAUAUUCCGUUUAUAAACAAAACAACAAAA